UUCUCCAAUUCUUCCCCUUUUUUUGCCACAUAAAUACGUUAAAGCUCGCUUUUGAUCAAAGAAAAAUAUUCGUAGCCCUUUUAGGGGAAUUAUUUAUAUGUUUGUGGUUUGAUUUUUACUUUUUCCUUUCAAAAUUUUUCAAAAAAAAUUUUUUUUAUUUUCUUUACUCAAUCUAAGGUCAAUUGCUCUAAAAGUUCUUUGAAAACUUUUUUAUUACCUUCGCCGUUCCGAAAUUUUGUUAAAAUUUAUUUUUUCUUCUUUGCUCUGUCUAUAUACUUUUGUCGGAGUUUAUAAUAAAAUUUUUUGAAAUACAAAAUCUUCACUUUCUUUUUGUAAAGCAAAAAUCUUCCUUUUAUCUUUCCUUUUAUCAAAUAAUUUAUUUUUUUGUUUUUAGUAGUAUUUAAUUUCCGGAAACUUUUCUGAUUAUUUCAGAAUAGUUUUCCGGUUUUCUCGUUAUUAAAUGUUUAGGAAUUUGUUUCCGGAAAGCUUUUGAAUUUUUGGAGACAGAUUCCUGUUAGGGAGGGUUGGGUAUAUAAUCUUUCCGGAUUAAUUUAUUUUCAGGAAAAUUUCCGGAAUUUGUGUAGAAUCCAGAAAAACCUGCUGAAGUCUUUUGGAAUGAUUUCUCUCCUUUUUAAUAUUUCUUUUCCGGAAUUAAAAAAAUUAUUUUCAACACUAAAUAAGGACGAAUUUUAUUUAUUUAAGUUAAUAAUUCUGUUAAUAUUUACAUUAUUUUUCCUUUCCGGAAUAAAUUAAUAAUUAAUUAUUUUUUUAUUUUUCAGUUAAUUAGGGCUGCUUUUUGCAAUUCAAAAAACAACAAAUAAAUAAACUUUUUAAUUGCCCUAUUAAUUACAAAAUUUAUUCUGAAAAAAAAUUUUUGGAAAGAAAAUUAAAAACAAAAAGUUCCAAAAAACCUAUUCAGCUGCAGCAGCUUUUUAUUGCCGCCGCUGCUGAUUGAAUUUAGAUAAAAAGCCCAUGCGUAGAUUUCUGGCUUUGGGCUGCCAAGAGCCGUCACUGCUGUGCUGUCCAGCCGAAGCUGCAAGUCCACCGCCACUUUCAGCCUUUCAACGUUCACCUAAUAAUUGCUCUCUUGGAGCCACCACUUUAAUUCCUUCACCGAAUUCACUCAGCGCCGCCACAACAGCUGUGGACAGGCUUUUUACAAAUAUUGAACGCCAACUUAGUGCAAAGAUAGCACUCAUCGACCCGCUGCUUUUAACAGCUAGUGGUGGAGGGGUAGGAGGAGGAGGUGGAGGAGGUGAUGGAGAUGCCAAUGAUCAACAGAAAAGUCCUCUACCCAGAUGUGGUGAACAACCUCAAUAUACCACCUCAACACAACUACAAGAACAACAAAAAGACAAUAACAAUAGAGAAGAUGAACAGAAAAAACAAUGUGAAGAAGGGAAUACUCAGAAUCAAAAGUUGGAAGGAGGGCCACCUCAGAAAGGGCUUGAUGCCUUUUUUGCGGCAUUAUCAAAUGCCAAUGAUAAUGGACAGAAACAACAAGAGAAAUCCCCACCCCAAAACCAAUUAAUUUGUGGAGGACCAUCAUCAACUCAAUUUAGCUUCCCACAGACAUCUGCUCCCACAACGGCUUUUCCUUCUACCGAUGAUAGGCAUACUAAUACUAAUUUUGUUGGAAAUAACAACAACAAUAUUUCCUCCAAUACAUCACCAACAAACCCUUCAAAACCUCAAAAUCCUUUAGUUUCAAAUCAACAAAAUUUAAGUAAUGCUAUAGCCAAUGCUGCAGUAAAUAUAGUAAAUGCAGCAAUUGCUGUACAACAACAUCAAAAUCAACAACAACAGCAACAUUUGGCAGCUUUACAAUUUGCUGCACAAUCAGUCGCUUCUAUGCCAUUAAGUCCUCAACAGGGGUUAAAUGCCCAGGUUGGGGCAAUUCUAAAUCAGUUAACUACUGCUGCCCCAAAUAUUUUACGACCUCUUGGAACACAGUCUAAGCCUAUACCGUUAGUAGAGGAUAAAGUGGAUUUAAUGCGUUUUAAAAGAAAAGAACCUAGAGAAUGGUCAGACGAUGAUGUUAUUGCUUGGAUUUUGGAUGUGGCUAGAAGACAUAGAAUUCCUUGCGAAAAUAUGAAUUUAACAAAGUUCGCCAAAUGCUCUGGACCUUUAUUAAUGUUGAUGAAUGAGCAAAGUUUUAAAGAGCAAGAUCCCAAUUAUGGAUCUCUACUUUUUGGUGAAUUUUGUAAAUUGGUUACCGACGAAAAUUUUAUUGACGAAUGGAUGCGUAUUAACGGGCCUUCAUGUAGCAGUAGUUAUAGCGACCAUCAAAGGCAGUCUUCAACAAUUAAAGAGAACCCUCCUCCUCCUCAACAUAAUUAUCAACAACAAUCUCUCCAAAUGACUAGAGCAACAAAUAAUGUUGGGAAUUUAUUGAUGGCCAAUUUGGCUUUGAAAUUGUCUGCUCCCCAAUCUUCUGAUUCUUCUGGACAACAAGGACUUCUUUUGGCAGCUGCUGGGUUUGCUGCAAAUAAUCAGCAGCAACAACAACACUAUCAUCAACAGCAACAGAGAUUAACGGGGCAAUUACCCCCUCCUUUAGGGCAUUUAUUAUCCCCGACAGUUGGACAGUCCUCUUUAUUGGCACUUCAACAACAAGGGGGGACACCAACAAUACACGCUCCCUCCCCUAUAAACCCUUCACAAAGACAACAACAAAUUGUGGGGGCUGUUAAUCACAUUUUGCAGCAGCAACCUGGAGGAAGUCAACAAGGGAUUGGAGGGAGAAUGGGUGUUAGAGGAAUGAGACCGGGACAACAACGGAGUUUGAAAGGUAUGGAAAUGAAAGAUUUAUCCUGGGCUUUAUCCUUGGAAUGUUUAUAUAAAAUUAUUCUAAUAAAAGCAUUUUCUAAUAGGAGCCCCUCUUAA